AUGGAAAUCGCUACUAACAUCGAACGGAUAAUAACAAACUUUAAAAAGGAUUCGGCUGCCAGAAAAACAUCUGAGUACCUGAAAACCAGACUUGAUACGUUGAACAACUUGUGGAGCGAGUUUAGCUCCAACAACGCUCUAUUAGAACUAGAGGAAGACCGGAAAAACGAUUAUUUUAAGAAAGGAGUUUUUAAAAGGAUCAAACAAAUCUUUCCGGAAGGUUUGCAACUUAUUUCAAACACCAAGCCUUAUCAAGUUACAGUCGAUGAGAGCAGUGGUGGUGCUGAAGGUUCCAAUGCUGACACCAAGGUCAGUACCUAA